AAACCAGCGUGGCGCCCAACAGAGGAGGAAGGCUAUAACACCUACGAGCUACACGCUGCUCCUCCACGUCUCUAUCAGGCUCGAAAGAUACACGCCCUGUUUGUCCUCCCCGGAAGUAAGCGCAACGAGACUCUUGUUGGCAAAACGUUCUGCAGAUCUCUUGGAGCAUUGCCGACCGCGAAGCUAAAGCAUGUCCUCGAGCGCCAUGGUGGAGGAUCCCGCUCGGCCGCCGGCCGACGUCGAUGACAUCGAGAAGCUGGCCAUGGCCAACCUGGAUCCCGCGGUGCAGACCUUUAUUCAGACCGGAUACGGCCGGGGCCUGACAGUGCGCGAGAAUCGCGAAGCCUUCGACAGGUGGCGAUUUCUACCCAAAGUGCUCUCGGGAUCCUCGCAGAGGAACACCCAGACGACGCUGCUGGGCAGAGUCGUGUCCAUGCCCGUCGGCAUCGCUCCGACGGCGGCCCACUGCAUCGUGCAUCCCGAUUCAGAGAUCGCAGUUGUAAGAGCGGCUCGUGAAGCAAAGGCCGUGAUGGCUGUCAGCGUGGUGCACUCCGCUUCGCUGGAAGAGAUAGCAGCCGCCGCAGGCCCCGACGCCGUCCUCUGGGCACAGCUGGAUAUUCGCAAGGACCGCUCCAUAACGCUGGAGGAAGCCCUGCGUGCACAGCGCUGCGGCUUUGCAGCGCUUGUCGUGACGCUAGACGCUCCCCUCGUCGGACGCAAAGCCGCACCCGGGGUCACUGACCCAGUGAGAGAAGCCUUCGGAGAGACCUUCUCGCGCCUUCGUGGUGGCGCGCCCGGCCAUGAGUGGGACCCCUGCCAGAGCUGGGAUGACAUCGACUGGCUGCGCAGUAAAGUCGACCUGCCUGUAGUCAUCAAGGGCACCCUCAGAGCCGAUGACGCUGUUGAAGCUGUGGAUCACGGUGCUUCCGCAAUCGUCGUGUCCAACCACGGUGGUCGUUACAUGGACGGCGUUCCUGCUACGCUGGAGGUGCUGCCGGAGUUGGUGCGUGCCGUGAGUGGCCGCUGCGAAGUCUACAUGGACGGCGGCGUCCGGUGUGGCGGCGAUGUGGUCAAAGCGUUGUCCCUAGGCGCUAGAGCAGUGUUCAUCGGCCGGCCAAUCCACUAUGGUCUGGGAUACAAGGGCCAGCAGGGAGUCACCGAGGUGCUCGAGUGCAUCCGCCGGGAGCUCGACAACUGUCUCGCGUUAAUAGGUUGUUCGAACGUGGAAAAGCUGCACCCUGGCUUCCUUAGGCGCAACUCCAUUUCCAUCCACGAGUACACCGGCUCUACAUCACACGCUGCUGCUACAACUUUCUCUUCAUGAAAAAUAGAAAUAGAAAAGCUACGCGCCUUAAAGGCCAACUGCUACAAAAUUUUCGACCCCGUGAAUUACCUAAAAUCGUAUAGCGCAGAUAUAGAACAGCUUCCGUGCAAAAUUUUGCCUUUGAAAUACGAGUAGAUGCGUCACGGAAAGGUAGCAAAAAUAGUCGUUUU